UGAGUACUGUUACCUCUGUUUUGAUGCAGGUAAAACUCUAAAAUAAUAUUUGCCAUAGUUGGAGAACGAUUCUUUACAAAAGCAUUGUCCUUUUCUAUUGAAAACGAGUGUUGUGGGGCAUGCGAUGCUGAUAAAGAAUUGCUGAUAAAGAAUUGAUACAAAAAGGCUUGUUAAAAUUGAUAGAUGAGUACUAAACCGUAAGAUUACAUGCAUUUAUGGGUUUGUGUUGUUUUGUAAAUUAGGGUUUUUGAGAUUUACAUUAAUAUCGAUACUUUCCUGUAAAAUGGAUUAAAAAAUUAGGGUUUUAUAUUUGGGUAUUUGGAAAAACGAAUAAAUAAAGCAUAUAUAAUGUACUGUUUAGGGUCUAAAAUUGGAAUUUUUAGAAGUAGUCAGAAAAUUAGGAUACAACCAAUGAGUUUUGAUAAUUUCAGUUUUAAAAAGCAUGUAAAUUUAUUGGGUUGUGAUUACUUUGUCUUAUUGAUAUGUGAUAUUAACUGUAGAAUGGAUAAUGUCGUUGAUUUGCACUUUCAUUAUGCUGGCACUUGGGUUAAUUAUGGAGGAUUGCAUUAUGUGAAUGGUGGGGUUGAUAUUGUAGAAAAGUUUGAUCCAAAUUUUCUAUCUAUUUAAGACAUUAAAAGUAGGUACAGAAUUGAACUAGGGUUUCCAAAUGUUAGUAGGGUGUUUAUAUGUGACCUUGGAAAAAGUUUAGAUAAUGGACUGUUUCUAGCUGAAAGUGACGAUGACAGUCAUAGAAUUUUAAGGAAACUAGAAUACAGUAAUGAUAUUUAUGUUGAUCAUGAUAUUGAUGUACCACUUGAAGAAGUUGUUGUUCCAUUGUUGGAUUGGAAUGAAAUAGAAGUUAAUGCAGAUAGGAAAUGACAUAAGAGGGUUGAUGGGGAAGGUAAUUUAGGAAGACAAGCUAGCUGUAUAGUUAAUGAGGAUAUUAAUGACAUGGUUGGUGAAGCAUGUAUUGUUGAAUUAGGUGAGGGGUUGAAUGAAAUAAGUAAUGAAAACAACAGUUUUUAUGAUGAAGGGAUAACUGAGAAUGAUGGGAAUGGAGAAGAUUAUCAUGAUACUGCUUUAGAAGGUGAAAAAGAGGUGAAUGGGCAAAAUUUGAAAGAAGAAAAAAGAAAGGGGAAGGAAGUAGUCAAUCAUGAGCUGGAAGAGUUUAGAUUGGAAAGGGCUAGAGAGAUCAGGUGCAAGAAAAGCAAGCAGGCAGAAGUACAACAUGAUGAAAAUCUUGAUUAUCCCGAAAUACAAGUGCAGAAUGAAGAAAGUGAUACAAGCAUUGACUCAGAGAAAAAUGGGAAUAAGAGUGAAUAUUUUACAAGUGAUGAUCCUGGUUCAUAUGAAGAAGGAAAUGAAAGUGAGUCAGAAAAGUAGGAGGACAAGGUAUGAUCCCAAUGCUCCACGUCCUUUUUUAUCUAUUGGGAUGUCUUUCUCAAAUGCAAUUUAAGUCAGACAUGCAAUUUUGAAGUACUCAGUAGCUCCAGGAUUUGGAUUAAAGUACAUAAAAAAUGAGCCAAGUAGAAUAAGGGUUAAAUGUGAAGCAGGUUGUCCAUUCUUGUUACUUGUCAGUAGAUCAAACCCAAAUGAUAGUCUACUGGUUAAGACUUACUGCCCUCAACACAGAUGUAAUAGGGUUUAUAAUAAUGCAAGAGCAAGUGCUCAGUUUUUGGCAGACUAUUCCAACAAGAGGUUGAAACAAAAACCGGAUACAAAGGUCAAAGACUUGAAGAAAUAGGUAAAAGAAUUACGGAGGGUGAAUGUUUCAAUGGCUAAGUGCAAGAGAGCUAAGAAAAUGGUGAUGACAAAGUUGGCAGGUAACAACAACACUGAAUAUGAGAGGUUAGAGGCCUAUGCAGCUGAAAUUAAAAGAUCGAAUCCAGGUUCUUAUUGUGAGAUUCAAUUGGAUCCAGAAGGUGUUAGGCAGGGGAACAUAAUUUUUUAGAGAAUAUUUGUUUGUUUUAGAUCUUGUAGACAUGGGUUUUUAUAUGGUUGCAGACCAAUUAUAAGAAUGGACGACUGCUUUUUGGAAGGGAUUUGUAAAGGCCAGCUUCUCUGUGCAGUGGGAAAAGAUGGAAAUAAUCACAUGUUUUCUAUUGCUUGGGCAAUAGUUGAUAUUGAGAACAAGGUGAAUUAGGGAUGGUUCCUAGAUUGGUUAUUCAAGUUUUGGGAUUAAGUUUAGGAGAGAAGAUAACACUAGUCUUAGACAUGCAGAAGGGUUUGCUGCCAGCUGUGAAGAAGGUACUUCCACAGGCUGAGCAUAGAUGGUGUGCAAGACACAUCUAUGCUAAUGAGAGCCAGAAAUGGAGAGGAGGUGAAUUGAAAAGGAAAUUUUAGAAUUGUGCUUGUUCAACUUAUAAGGAGGAGUUCAAACUAAAUUUGAAUGAGUUGGAAAAGCAUGAGAAGAAAUAUGUUGAUGAUUUGCUGCACUGUAACCCACAGUUUUGGUGUAGAGCAUAUUGUAGCAGCAAGUGUCAAAGUGAAAUGAUCGACAAUAAUGUGUCUGAGACAUUCAACUCUUGGAUUAAUGAAGCUAGGGACAGACCAAUCAUUACUUUAUUAGAUGAAAUACGGAAAAAAGUAAUGACAUUAAUUGCAGAGUACAGAGACUUUACAAAGAAUUGGGUUCAAUAAUACUCACCUGAUUGCAUGAAAAAAUUUGAGAGUAAUUUUAUGGAAAGCACUGACUGUGACAUGUUCUUUAAUGGAGAUGAUGGCUAUGAAGUUAAACAUGGAGAGGAUUAACAGACUGUCGUACUUGAAUUUAGGGCAUGCACAUGUAGAGCGUGGGACAUCAUUGCCAUUCCUUGCCCCCAUGCUAUAUGUGCAAUGUGUUAUGCCAAAAAGAUCCUUUGGACGUUAUUGCCAAGUGGUAUGAUAAGAUUACAUUCAUGAAGGCUUAUGAGAUGGCAAUGGAGCCAAUGAGAAGGUACAAGUUUUGGAGGUGUGACCAAAAUGCUCCAAUACAGCAACCUAAUGUAAAGAGAAAACUAGGAAGGCUCAAAAAAACUCGUUCAAAAUCACAAUUUAAGACAAAGAAGCUGCCAAAGGCAGGAAAAUUAUUAAAGAAAGGUGCAUCUAUGACUUGUAGUAAGUGCAAAGAAAUUGGUCAUAAUAAAAGGUCAUACAAGAACCAGGGUGAAGCUUCUCAUGCACUUGAGCCCGAGGGAACACUAGCCUCAUUAGCAUGUCAAUCUCAAUCCGUUCAUCAGGUUCCAAUUGCUGAAGCACAAUGUGAAAGUGGUAAUGAUAAUGGAAACAAAAGGAAAAAUCCAAGUCAUAAGGGGUCAAUCAAUUCUGAGGUCAUAAUUGACCAUGGCAGUGGUAACACAGAGCAUCAUGGAGAUGGUUGGUCAUUCAGAUAUGCAUUGACAGAAAGGAGGAAACUUCAAACGAGAAAAGCAGCUACUUCAACUGAUUCUGCUGAUCUCAGAAAGAUCAAAUUUGCACAAGAAGGUGCAGGUCCAAGAAACUUGGGUUACACAGUUCAAUCAGAUUUGCAGUGGAAUGAGAAUCUUGCAAUUACUACAAGGCAAUUGGAUGAGACUAGGCAACAAAUGAUAGGAACCCUUAGCAAGAAGGCCAUUAAUUCUGGAGCAUGUAGCAGUUCUAAAUUUGCUAGAGCUUGAAAAGGCUGUAUUUUUUAUUUAAUCGUGUCUAGCCUUUUUUUAUGAGUAGUAGUAGGCUUUCUGUUAGCAAUUUUAACUUGAACUGAAUAUGUUGUCAAGUUGUUCAGACACUUUAUUUGCUCAUUUUGUGGCCAAGAAUAUUUUGUUGGUCAAUUUGCUGUAUUUUGUAACAAACAUGUUGCAUAUUUGAAUGAAUAGUUAGAAUUUCUUUUGCAA